AACCCGGUCGGUUAUCUGCGCGAACUGAUAAGAUUAGUGGCAAUCGUAAAUAACGUAACUAACAAGCUGAGAAAAAAAAACUCAUUACUUUCUAUCAGUACAUCGAUCGAUGUUGAAAUAAUGAACAUUUAUUAAAAUGAGCGUAACCUACAAAGAUGGAGUUAAUUAUCUUAAAUCAUAUACGGGAAUAUUAAAAUGCACAGAAGCCGUUCUUCAGGUGACCCUCAUUAUUAUUUCAGCAAUACUAAAAAUGAAUUUUCAAAUUCAGUUUCUAAUCGGAGUGUCAAUAUAUGGAUUGUUUAGUACAAUAGCACUUCUCGCCUUUCAUAUCCGAGGAACAUCACGGUUUCACUCAGAGAUACCAUGGUUUUACGUCGAAUGCUUUAACAGUGCCCUCAUGUCCUUGUUGCUUUUGGUCAGUUCGUGCUUAGUUAUAACGGUUUUAACUAAAUGAUCGGAUGCAAUCAAGAAAAUCUACACCGCAGAAGGAGUGAGAGGCCUUUAUCAAGGAGCAGGCGUAGUAAUCGUGCUGAUUACGCCAAUGAAAGCGGUCAGGUUCUCAGCAAACGACUAUUUUCGGUACCACUUAAAAGACAAACAAACCAACAUCCUGACUCCUGCUAGACAAGGACUGGCAGGAGCACUUACUGGUGUAGUUCAAUUGGUUGUUACGGUGCCCAUGGAGCUUCUUAAGAUUCAGCUUCAAGAUGCCGGACGUGUAGCACGUAUGGGAACUCAAUCAACUGGACAAGCCCCCCUUCACAAAAUGUCAGCUCUGAAAAUAGCAGCGGAUUUAAUCCGAUCCAAAGGAUUGUUUGGACUUUACAAAGGGACGAUUCCCGCUAUGUGCCGGGACGUGCCUUUUUGUGCGAUAUAUUUUCCAUUGGUCGAAAAGCUGCAAUCAUUGGGACCUCGCAAGACCGACGGUUCAGGUGACGCAAAAUUCUAUUGGUCCUUCGGUUGCGGAUUGGCCGCAGCUUCUUUCACUGCCUGGUUUGUCACUCCAGCUGACAUCAUGAAAACUCGUAUCCAGACCAUUCAUAAAGGAGCCGCAGGGGAUAAAGUUUAUUCUUCCAUUUUUGAUGCGUUUUUGGAUAUAUUAAAAACUGAAGGUCCCAGGGCUUUUUACAAGGGAGGCGCUUGUAGAAUCCUAGUGAUCGCACCAAGUUACGCGGUCAUUCAGAGCCUAUAUUAUCUCGGAGUUGCCGAAUGGCUCCUCGGAAUUGAAAAGGAUACGAAAAUAAUUAAGAAAUAAUGUAUUUAAGUGUAUUUAUAAAUGUGAAAUAAAUAAUUUUACAAAUAUAA